AUGGCAAACACUUCCAACAAAGCACUCUGGCAUAUCUUUAGCUCUGUUAAACAAGUGAGCGACCUAGUGCAAUUACAGCUGGUCUAUCAAACGCCGUUCCUCAUACCAUAUGCUCAGACUUUGGAGCAUUCCACAUACCAGCCGCGUUUCCUCGCCAUGGCAAUAGAUCUUGGUAACUGUUUUCCAACGCAUCAGUACGCUCAGCCUAAAAAGUACAAAGAGUUCAUCCAUACAGUAGCGCGUUUGUGUCCUCCCAUUGUUCGGAUUGCCGUUGGUUUGAAGGCCCUGUCGAGUUCAUUUUACCGAAACCUGUUGGAUCUGCAUCAACAAGGUUAUCUUCAGCAGCUACAAUCCCUGUCUGAUUUCAGCUACCCAGAGGCUCAUGUGUCUGAAAUGAACUAUUAUUGUCUAGCUGUUGCCAUGAAGGCAUCACUCACUCGUGUGUCCAUUGCCAAGAACCCAUCCAGCAAGCUGUUUGGUGAUCAUCAGUCUGAAAUGAACAUGAGGGAACACUUGAAGGCAUUUCCUCGUCUAAAGCAACUGGAUGCGUCGUAUAAAGGCGAGGGUUUUCUGUAUGGAGCAGAUGUUUUCAUUGCAAAAUGCAUUGCCCCAACUGUCAGCAUUCAUGCCUAUCUCACUGACUUUGGUGAUUUUCGAUUGCUACCAUUUGAUCUCAAUACGGUAAAACGACAGCCUUAG